GAGAGCAUGGAAAAAGUGAAUUGAGCCCUCAACCCAACCCAACCCCUACACAACCCAAGAAGUAGAACCUCUUGCUCUGGUUCUUGUGACAGGGACUGAGUGCGGCCCAGACAUCUUCCCAUUCCAUUCCAUUCCCUCAAAUGGUUUAAAACCCUAACCUCAUCUCCACAAGAUGAGAGACAAGACAAGACAAGACCCACCCCCAGAAAACUCUGGUCCAUGAUGAAUAAGGAGGAGAGGCAACAAAAAUUUUGAGGGGAUAAAAAGGGAUGCUUUGAGUAAUCAAGAACUCCUCCUCCUCCUCUUCGUCCACCAAUGUUUAUGCCCAGAAACCCCUUUUGGUUCAUCCCUCUAUUUCUGGCCAUUGCCCCCAUUCUUGGGGCCAUCCCAGCAUCCAAAUCUGCACAAGACUUAACCACCAUAGUGUACAAGGGGUGUGCAAAGCAGGAUCUAUCAGAUCCUACAGGGGUGUACUCCCAGGCCCUUUCAACCCUAUUUGGGACCCUAAUUUCACAGUCCUCCAAGGCCAAGUUCUCCAAGACAAGCUCCGGGAGUGGGCAGAGCACAGUGACAGGUCUGUUCCAGUGCAGAGGUGACCUCUCCAAUGUCGACUGCUACAACUGCGUGAGCAAGCUCCCCAUCCUCAUCGACAGGCUGUGUGGGAAGCCCAUUGCGGCAAGAAUCCAGCUCUUUGGGUGCUACAUGCUGUAUGAGGUUGCAGGGUUCGCCCAAAUAUCAGGGAUGGAAAUGCUGUACAAGAGCUGCAGUGGGACAAAUGUAGGAGGGGCUGGAUUCGAGGAGAGGAGGGACACGGCCCUGUCGUCGCUGGAGAAUGGGAUGAUGAGCAGCAAUGCCAAUGGAGGGGGUUUCUAUACAGCGAGCUAUCAAUCUGUUUAUGCUCUGGGCCAAUGUGAAGGGGAUGUGGGAGCUUCUGACUGCGUCGAGUGUGUGAAGAGUGCAGCCCAGAGAGCCCAGGUUGAGUGCGGCAGCUCUAUUGCGGCGCAGAUAUACCUCCACAAGUGCUUCAUUAGCUACACUUAUUACCCCAAUGGAGUCCCUAAAAGAUCUUCAUCGUCUCCGCCCUCCUCAUUUUCCUCGCCUUCUUCACCAGGUUCAGGUUCAGGUUAUGGUUAUGGUUAUGGUUCAGGGUCAGGGCCCAACAGCAACAGCAACACCAACACUGGAAAAACAGUGGCUAUAAUAUUGGGAGGAGCAGCUGGUGUAGGGUUCUUAGUCAUAUGUAUGCUGUUUGCAAGAGGUUUGGUCAAGAAAAAAGAUUCCAAGUAUUGAACUAGUAGUAGUUGUAGUUGUAGCAGUGUGAUAUUCUUUUUCCUUAUUGGUCAUGCUUUUAAUUUUUAAUUGUCUUGAUGAUGACGAGGAUGAUUAUGAUGGUGCUU